AAUGGAAUCAAUGGAGUUUAGAGAACACCUAUGGUGAGAGUGGUUUAUCGGCGGCGUGAACAGGCGGAAGAGAAAGGACGCGUUCGGAAAUGGAGAGCUCAUUGAACACCUGGAGUGUCACUGAAUCACUGAUGAUUGUAUAAGCUAAGCUAUGAGAAUGAGGUUUUUCCUAAGCUUUUGCUUGACGGCGGCCGUGCUGGCAUUGGCAUCACCUGGCGGCGGCGAUGGAGGAGGAGCAGCUUUCGUGAACGAAAGUGAAAUUUAUACUAAUAAUAACAGUGGUAAUGGAGCGGUUAUAGAGUUACAGGGCGGACCAGAGGAUGUGGCGUGGAUUGUUCAGCUCUCUGAUCUGCACUUUAGCGCACACCAUCCGGAGAGGGCCGUCGACUUCAAGGACAUCGUGGGCCCUACUCUCGCCAUGGUUAAUCCUUCCCUGGUAUUCAUCACUGGUGACCUUACCGAUGCAAAAAGCAAAGAUUUACUAACAACAAAGCAAGAUGAAGCUGAGUGGGCAGAAUAUCAGAAAGUGAUGGGAGAUGUUAUUAAAAGGAGUGGACUGAAGAUAAACAAUUUCUUUGAUCUAAGAGGAAAUCAUGAUACUUACGGCGCAAGCAUUGGUGGUUCAUUUGAUUUUUACUCAAAAUAUAGCAUCAAUGCACAGCUGAGAAGAACUGGACUGGUCAACAGUGUUAGAGUUCAGACUGGCACGCACCGUAUACUUUUUGUCGGAUUUGACAGCACAAUGUCUUCAGGGUUACGAGGCCCAACUAACUUAUUUGGUCAUCCAACUGAUCAGCUAUUAACUGAAAUAAACUCAGAACUCUCACAAUGGAACACUCAACCUACAAAAUCUGUUCUCAAGAUUUCAUUUGGGCACUUUCCACUUUCCCUUUCUGCCCCAGCAUAUUCUGGGAGGACUCUGAAGCAUGUAUUUCUGGACCAAUCUUUGUCCAUUUACUUGUGUGGGCAUCUACAUAGAACAUUUGGAACAAAUUUAAAAUGGCUUCAUGAAAGACCUAAACACUUUCCUAUGAAGGAUAAUGAAGUUCACGAGUUUUGGGAGUGGGAAUUGGGUGAUUGGAAGAAGAGCAGAACAAUGCGCAUCUUGGCCAUUGAUAGAGGCUGCAUUUCAUUUAUUGAUUUUGACUUCAGAUUGGGGGUGAAAGAAACUAUUAUAUUGCCUACAUUCCCACUUGACUCGCGUUUUAUUUUGGACAAGUCUCAGUCAGUGGAUCCUACAUUUUACAGCUAUAUCAGAGCGCUUGUGUUUUCUUCGUUACCAAUGGUGUCUGUUGUGGCCAGAAUCUAUGAUUCAAGGCCUGGAAAUCUCAUGUUAGCAUUUGAGUCUCCAAUGAAGAAAAUUGGGAAUGCCUCAAGGGGGGACCUCUAUAGUUGCCCCUGGAAUUUCAAAGCCUUUGAAGAUCCAUCACCUGAACGAUUCUUGUUACAAAUAGAGGCAGUUGAUAUUAGAGGAAGAUCAUCUUUGACUGAAUUACGGCCAUUUUCUGUUGGUGGUCGACGUGCUAUGCUCUCACAUAAUUGGAAAGAAUUUAUUGUUAUGGGUUGUCAAUGGGAUGCUUUAUAUUACCCAUUGUUGUGGUCCUUCCACAUGUUUAUUCUAUCCAUUCUUCUAAUUCCAAAAGCCAUAUUAUCAUUUUCUAGAAAGAAAUAUACUUACAAAAAUUUCAAUACCAACAGAGGACUAGCAAGUUAUGUAACAUGGAUUACGAUGGAACUAUACAGUAUUCCACGGGUAUGGUGCUGUAUAAUUGCUUACUUGUUAUACCUCAUAUUAUGUCCUUUGCUUUGUGGCCAAGGUCUUGUGGAUGGAAAAAAGUUAUACAUGACCUAUCGAGGUUGGGCAUUGAAGUUCAACUCAAAAGAACAGUUUGAAGGAUUUCCGGAUAUAAUGGUGAUUGUUAUUCCACACCUUUAUGUCGUGGUUUUGCCUACUGUGUUUGUAAUUGGAGCAUUGGUUGCCGAAACAGGAAUUCACCGAGAUAAUAUACGUGUACUUUCCAGUAAAAAAGAGGACGAUUAUGAUGCAAAGAAUAAGGGAUCAAUUUCAUUUACUCAUGGAAGAAAUUAUAGCUUGAAACUGGUACUUUUUCGUGUGCGAUGGAUUAGGAAAGUUCUCCUGGUGUUUUGUCUGACAAUUUGUUGCAUCCAUUUUUUGAGUUGCCGAGCUCUUUCCAAAGCAUAUGAGAUGAACCCAUUUGUCCACUUCCCAAUUUAUAGCAUGUCAGUCCCACUGUUAAUGGUGUAUGCAAUCUACAGAACCAGUAGCACUUUUUAGAAAUAUUGAAGGCUGACCUUGAAGCAAAGGCAUGAAAGAGUGUCUGCCGGCCCUUUGAUCAUCCCCAAAACUCCAAAAGCAUUUAUAAUGGCUUCUUCCUAUGGACAUGACAAGGUAUUUGAACCCCAGGUGAGAUAUAAACUAAAUUCUGUCACACUAAACAUGGCAAUCUUUAUACUUGGGUCUUUACUGAUUAGGGAUGUAUGUAUUGUCAAUUUGUCAUAACCAUAGACAGAACAUUAUCUUCAUUUUUUACUUCCAGUUGUAUACAAUUUUCAAAGUUUUCAUUUCCAUUGCAACAAUUUUGAAAGCAUGCCAAAUAUAUCAGAACUGAAACCAUUUGUUUGACCAUAAAACUUAACUAGAACUACACUGUCAUCACCUCUAUCAUUUCAUGACGAAGACCCCAAAUCUCUCCCUUUAACUUUCUCCUUACUACUGUUUAACUCUCUCCUUAUGCAUAGUGUUCAGACAAGAAUCACAAAGAUUACAGUAUGAUAACUGUGUUUUUCUUCUUAACAAGGUAAUAUAUCAGACAGAACGCGAGCAUGGAGAAAAAGAGAGCCAUAAAGAUAGAACAUAGUACUUUUAUAGUCUAAAUCUGUCUGCUUGCGGCCACAAAAUGCACUGGCCUGAGUAAAAGAUAUAUGUGUAUGCAGUAUUAAAUGGAAAAGUAUGGUAGGUGUUGCAACUACUUUACUAUGUAGUAAAUGCAAUAAAUACAAUAUUCCUUCUAUACCAGGAUCCCCUAAAACAGGCUUCAAAAUCGUCACAAGGUGUGCUCUCUCAUGGGAGAUUUGUCAACCUCUCUGAAUGGGAAUAGGAAAAAGAAUCGUUGUAACAUAUUGUUGAUGAAAUUAUCAUUAAAAUGGUCCAACAUCCAACAUCUGUACUGUCUGUAUUGAUCAGCCAAAGAAUGCUGCUCCAAUCAUAUACCUGAAAUAAUUUCCCUGUACAGCUCAAACUCUAUAGCACAUAAUACCAUCAAAAGAUGAUUAUGGGCUAUUUCAUGCAAAACCAACUUUUUCUUGUAGUUAAACUAUAUGUACUUCCAUUAUGUACUACCAUUUUAUUAUAAAUCAUUGAUUAUAAGA